AUGAAGGUCCUCAGCCUACUCAGUGCCUUUGCUCUGGCCGGCAGUGCCGCUGCCUGGAACGGCCAAUUGAGCGCCGGUGCCUACAACCAAGGCGAGGGUGGUCAAAUUACCCAGAAACUUAACCUGAUUGACUACGCCACUGGAUCACAAUACCAGGGUUGGCUUGUUGGCGGCUUCAAUGCUUGCACAAACACUGAAUGUGACGUCUACUUUGAGGAAUUCAGUGGUGGAAACUAUCAGUUCUCGACCAAGGUCUGGAGAACUAAUGAUGGAUGCCACAACAUUGACUUCUUGGGUGCUUUCGAUGCUGGCCAUGGAUACUGCUGUGGCUCCCUCCCUUGUAAUAUCUCGGCCUAA